AACAACUAAUAAAAACGAUUCCUUAAUGCCCAUGCCCCUUGACCUUUGAAAGGAGGUGCAACGCGUAGGCGGUGGGUGUACGUAUACACACCUGUCCCAGCGGAUAUACACAAAUACUUGCUUGCAGUGCCACCCACGCAUGCAACUCUCAUUGCCUGUGCGAAAAAUUUGACCCUGUUCAGUGUCGGCGAAGGGGAAAAAUCAAUUUCCCAAUUGCCCAGUUUCCGACAAACUGUGACCCCCCCCCCCCAGUGACUCUGAAACUUCAACUCACUUUCCCCCAUUGUGACGUCAAUGGGGGAGUACGUGAUGAGGUAGUGCGUCAUUUGAUCAAAUUUGCCUAAAAAUAAGAUCAAAGCAUGACAAUUUCUUCGUGCAGCGGAAGUUUCACCAUCGGGGGAAGCUUCAUUGUCUAAAACUAACCUUUCACAAGCUCGUGACUUUGCAUAAACAAUUGUUACACUGGAAAAAAUACAUUGGCUGGAAAAGCGUUUCCCUUGCUCUACUUGGGUAGAAAAAAUAAUAGUUAUAGUUUGCCAUAUCAUUAUUUUAUUGAAUAAUAUUCUAUUUUUUCAUCAUUAUUUAUAGAUUUUUCUCAGUGUAGCAUGUGAAUUGCUGAUCUGCUUAUUUCGUUUAUAAUGCGUUUGUUGUGAUACCGGGCAUUUAUGGGCGGUCAGGUCACGUUUCAUGGCAGAACUCUCCCUCACAUGCGCUACCCCAAUGAUAACAGUUUGAGGAGCACUGGAGCUAUCACCUUCACUAAAAUGGCGAAUGCAUUUCGGCUGAUAAGAACUUUCGCUGUCGGAUGGCCAAGAUGAUUGACUCAUUCGCUAUGAUGACGAUGGACUGUUGAUACAUUCCGCUAUGCAGAUAAGAUUCAAUUUCCUUCAGGGGGUAAUGGGGAGAAGAAUAUAUGAGAAAUGAAUGCCGCAUCAAAGGUCGAGGCGUGUUGAAAACAAAGCCAUCAACCUGAGAUACUUGGACACAAAAUCGGAUAUCCAAGCACGGCCAUUUGUGCAAACAGCAACAAGAUAUUUGCAUGAGCUGUUCACUUAUUUUUAUAAACUACACGUACCCGACAAGUGAUGUGCAAACAUUAACUCCAGCGGGAGCGGGAGUUUACUCUGCCUCGGGGUAUCUAUCUUCUUAAGCAACCUUCCUGAUGGUCUCUGCCAUAAAUUCGAGAAUUGUUAAUUCCGCUGUCAGCUAUCAGCCAACAGUUGCAAAUCAAAUCAAAUGACUCUUAUCUAUUUUGGGCUCUUGCCUUAUCGCGAUGAGCCGGCUGACACACCUGCUAUGAGUACUUGAAAGACUUUUAGAUGGAUAGAUUGGGUUUGAAAUUCCCCACUCGUGAUCCUUGAGAAAAUCGAAUAUGGGUUGACUUUCCACUCAGAUUUUACUCAGAAUUAAAUACAAUAGGUUUCUGGCCAGACACAUUUUCCCCCCAAUGCUCACUUCCGAUGAAAGCGGCCCCGAAGAAGCUGUCCCAGCGGUAAAGGUGUCUGCGUGAUUCCAAUGCAAUGCUCCGUACCGACGGCGCCAGUACUGGUGACGAAUGCGAAUACCUAUGCGACUCGGAACUAAGCAAUGCAAGUAAGGUGGAGGAAACUGGAGACGUUAAUCCCAAAGAGGACCAUUUAAAGAAAAAGGAGGUUAUAGUUCUAUAUAAAAAGCCGGGAGGGUUACAAGAGGACGAUAGUUUGGAGAAAACGGAUAAGCUGAAUCUAUCCGUAAGGUCGGCCGAGGCCGAAGUGGAGGAGGAAAAGGAACUAAAAGUUCUUUAUAAAAGGCCGGCCGAUUCGCAAGAGGAGGGCUCUUCGGAGAAAACGGAGCGAACUUAUCUAUCUGUAAGGCCGCUCGAGUCCCAAGAGGAGGAACUUUCGGAGAAAAAGGAGCUGAAAUGUCUCUACAGAAGGCCGGCUUGGGACUCGCAAGAGGAGGACCAUUCGGAGGCAACAGAGUCAAAUGGUCCAUAUGGAAGUCCUUUUGAGUCCGAAGAUAAGGAUCUAACAUGUCUAUACAAAAGGCCUGCCGCGAACCGGAGCUGUUCCUCAUCCGAAGCGAAUGAUUUGGCGGUUCAGGUUAGUGGAAGUGGCAAGCUGAAGGAGCAACGAUUGUUCUCGAUAGGACACAGAGUACCGGACACUUGGAAGUCGCCGGAACACCGCAAGUUCCUGCCCGAGAAGUCCAAUCUGUACGACCACAUUGUGGAGCUGGCGCGCUGCCGAGUGCAGACUAACGCCAUAGUGACCAUCGGCCACAAUCACUUCCCUGUGCAUCUGAUUGUCCUUCAGAGCUAUUCUGCCAUGUUUCGGGAUAUUGGGAACGAACUGAGCAUCGAGCUGCCUGCCGAAGUGGUAACUCCUCGCGCCUUCGGCCUUCUUUACGACUGGAUGAUCGAGACCAAUCCGUUUCUGCCGCGUAUCGGACUCUUGGAGUUGCUUCAUGCGGCUCAAUUUCUACAAAUUCCACAGUUGGUUACCCAAUGCGAAGCUUGUAUAGCCACGGGCUUCAAAGAGGAAGCUGCCGCGAUGCUGUACUUGGAAGCAAAGCUUCUCAAGGUGGAGGCCAAUCAUACCAUGUUACUCUUGCGCAUUUCCUUGUUUUUUUUAACGUUCGUGGCUACGAAGGAGUUCCUGGAGCUGCCCUUAAAACCGCUGCGAAUGCUGCUUUCGUCCAAUGAUAUCGGUGUGAACUCAGAGCUGGAGGUGUUUAUGUCCGUUGUACGGUGGUUAAAUUAUGAGUGGCCAAAGCGUGAGGGAAUCACGGCAAAGGUUGUAGGAUGUAUUCGAUUCGGAUUGAUUCCUCCCUGGCUGCUUAUCCGCCUACAGCGGACGGACAUCUCUGCCUUGGAAGUUAGAAAUAUCGUUGGCCAUCAGGACGUGCGUCAGGGAAUCCAUGAAGGCAUUGCCUACACUACGACGCGGAUUUUCUAUGGCACCGAUCGCGAGGCCUUCAAGCAGCACCUCCAGCGAACUGGCGCCACACCGCCCAUGCAUAGGAAUUGGAUUUACGAUCGCAACUGUCAUCACCACCACCGACUACACUGCAAACUAGCACUGGACUUCACCUUUGAGUCGUUUGUGGAGUACCUGAACUAUUUGCAGUGCCAGCAGCGGGAUUACUGGCAGACCUUUGAGAAGGCGGAUGCCAGCAACGUGUGUGUGGGUUGUGAACGGACUCAGGCGGCUGGCGAUUCAGAUCCUUCCAAAACUACUGAUUGAUUUUGAAUGUUUGUUUGCUAAAUUUGCGCAAAAAUAUAUAUCUUGAAAAAAACCUUAGCUUUCGAAUUAUAAAUUAAAAUGAAUAGAUAAUUUAUCUUUUAGAUUGUCUAAUCGAAGUGGCCCUUGAAAAACAAAGAACCCAUUGAGGUGUCUGCUGAUAUAUGUCUAUUUUGUUUGGUUAAUAUAAUGAUUAAAUCGUUUCACAAGCUAUAUCCCGGACAAUAAUACUUAUACUUUGCAUUGUUUUCUCUUUCAGUUCUUGAACAUCCUGGCAUUGAGUGUCCUGGCAGUUAUUUGGCGAAAUCCCGAGAUGAUGGACGAGCUAGAGGG